GCCAGAAGAGCACCGCAUAGCAACUGUUCGGGGGGAGUUAACUCCUCAGGAGUAACGACAAACGAAAUGGGCAACAAAAGGAAAGUUUUAGUAACAGGAUUUGAGCCCUUUGGAGAACAUGCUGUGAACUCCAGCUGGGUCGCUGUACAGGAACUCGAGCGUUUAGGGUUGGGUGAUGCUGUAGACCUUCAUGUAUGUGAGGUGCCUGUGGAGUACCAGGCGGUUCAGAGUCUGCUUCCAUCGCUGUGGAAACAGCACAAGCCGCAGUUAGUAGUCCAUGUAGGUGUCUCUGGCUUAGCUACCAGCGUCACCCUGGAACAAUGUGGGCACAAUAAGGGCUAUAAACGCCUGGACAACUGCAGCUUCUGUCCAGCUUCCCAAUGCUGCGUGGAGGAGGGGCCCGACUGCAUCAGCUCUGUGCUGGACAUGGAGACGGUCUGCAAGAGGGUCAGUGAGUCGGGCCUUGGGGUUGCUGUGUCAGUGUCCAAGGAUGCUGGAAGAUAUCUGUGUGACUACACCUACUACUCGUCGCUGUUCCUGAGCAAGGGCCGCUGCGCCUUCAUCCAUGUGCCUCCACUGGGGAACCCCUACAGCAGCCAGGAGCUGGGCAGAGCCCUUCAAGCUGUAGUACAGGAGAUGCUGAAACUCCUGGAGGCAGUUAACAACACAGAAGAGCAGCAUUGCAUACAUGCACAUUGACAUUGACUAACUUGGACCACUAUCAUUCUUGAUAAGAUGAUGCUGUGGAGUUUUUAACCUCCAUAGAUAUCAAUGAGAUUAACAUUGUAAUCCUGCUAUCCAAUUGUCUGAUCGAUGAGUUUUGAUCUGGAUGAUAAGCCAUAGUAGUAGAAGCCAGGAUUCUAGUUUCUUUUAACAAACAUCCUUGCAUGCAAGCAUGUGUUAUAAUGUGUUCCUAUCGCCUCACUCACUUGGGAAAUAGAUUCCAGUUCAUCGUGAUCUGGUUCUCAUUCAGGUGGUGCAGGGUCGUCAAACUGCGACCGGUUACGUGCAGAGCCUGCAGCGGGCACUGCAGGGGGCAUCCUUCAUGACUGAGGGCCCUCGUCUGUGUGGUAACAGCUGGGACUUCAACAGGACGUCAGGGAGGAUAACAUCACUCUUUUGGACCAUGCCGCAUGUUCCCAUGAUUUAAAUCCCAUAGAGAACAUUCAGGGAUGGAUGGCAAGGCACGUUUUUAAAAACUUUUGAUUGGCUGAUAAAACAGCCUAUUUCAGUUUAAUUGUUGUUUUCAAUAAAUAGUUUUUUGAAAGUG